AUGGGACUAUAAAUUAAUCAUUAUCUACUGCUGCGUAUCCUCAUUUACAAUAAUGGUGCAUAGAUUGCUCAAAAGUCGAAAUCUUUCCCAAUACUGUUGUUUUAACAUUUUCGAAAGUUUAGUCUUAAUAUCCUAUUUGCUUUCCAUAGUCUAUUAUUUAGAGGUAGAGAGAGUGAAUAUAAAUUUCAUCUCUUAUGCUCAACUCGUCUUACAGUUCUUGAUUCUAUCAGUCACAGUUCUAGUCAAUAGAAAUACAUCAGAUAGCGAUGCUGUAGAUCAAUAAUUUUAGAUUUAAGAGAUUGUAAGUUGAUCUUAAACUCUUAGUUAAUCGCAGCAUUUAAAAGUAUUGGUGCUCUGUAACUUGUGUUUGUCAGUCUCAGAAUAACAGGACAAAUUACUUGGGGAUGGAUUUAAACAUUAAUUAUAAUAUGGUUUCUCCUUGGAUUGUCAUUUGUGAUAGCAAUAUGUUUAUUUAUUGACUUACUCUAAAAAUGCAGAAAUAAAUUAGAAGGGAUUGAAGAAGAUAAAAAAUUAAUUAUCAUUAAGGGAGGGAUUUGGUUAAAUUUGAUUGCAUUUGGGAUCACUAUAUUACCAUUUGCAACUCUUUUCGGAUGUGCUUUGAAACUAGACUUUCAUGUCGUCUAAUUAAAUCAGUAUGCCUUUGGAUUAACAAUCCUGUAUUACCUACUCUAAUUAGCUUAUUUUUAUAAGUUUAAAUCGAAACUAAUCGAUUACUUUUUAUAUUAUGAUAUGGCAUAGAGUAAUUUGUAUGUUGAGCAAUAGAUAUAACAAAUCAAUCAAAAUCAGCAGUAGGUUGAAAAUAGGAUAUAACUGAAAAUGAAGAGAAUGCACAAGAUUAGCAUAUCAAAGGUGCCUCAAUUCAUGGUUAGAUUAUCGUAAACUUACUAUAGAUGCGCUCAAAAUAAUGAUAAACAACACAAACCAUCUGUUAUUCAACAAAAAAACUUAAAUUAAAUAGACAAUAAAUAUUAAAUGAAUGACAAUGAUCAAUCUAAAAGAUUCGAUUUGCUCUUGUCUAGUCCAAGACAAAGACUGGAAAUCAGUUCAAGUUUAGGAUAAGAUUUGACAAGUAGGAAUUCUGAUAAAAAAUAAUUCGAAGAUUAGUCUUAACUUAAAUAAGAGCAAUAGAAUCAGAAUUCUUAAAAAUUAUGUUUAGUUUGUUAUGAAAAAGAGAAUAAUAUGAUCAAUAUGCCAUGUGGUCAUGGAGGAUUUUGCAAAGAGUGUUGUGAGUAAUUGUUAAGCAAAAGUGAACUUUGUUACUUAUGUAGAAAACCCGUUACUCAUAGUUUAUAGAUAUAAGAAGUUCAAAAUAGAGAGAGUUUAGUGGAGGUAAUUGAAGUCUUGGAACAAUAAAAUUAUUGA